AUAUAAGAAACAAAAUUGCUUGGGAAAAUCCUCGUUCGUCAGGCUGGUAAUUUCACCACUCUUUUCUGUCUCUGUGACAGAAUUUGUCAUGCAUGGACAUUUUCGUAUUAGGACUCUAGAAUUUCAUCACUGCCAUAGGGAAAAGAUGUGAUUUGUUGGCAAAUUUGAGUUAAUCUUUUGCUAUUUUUACUAGAUUAGAAUUGAUUUGGAUAUUUUCCUAUGAAGAAUCGGCGAACCAAAGUCGUUCUCCGUCAUUUGCCGCCGACAUUUUCUCAGUCUAUGCUUGUCGAGCAUGUUGAUUCUCGCUUCGCUGGUCGAUACAACUGGUUCACUUUUCGCCCAGCCAAGACCAGCCUGAAGUAUCAAAGUUAUUCAAAAGCCUAUAUUGACUUUCGAAAUGUGGAAGAUGUUACUGAGUUUGCUGACUUCUUUGAUGGACACGUGUUUGUGAAUGAGAAAGGCACUCAGUUCAAAACAAUUGUCGAGUAUGCUCCUUCACAGCGUGUCCCGAAACAUUGGCCCAAGAAGGAUGCCCGUGAAGGGACCAUAUUGAAAGAUCCUGCAUAUCUGGAGUUCCUUGAAUUUCUUGCAAAGCCUGUUGAGAAUCUUCCGAGUGCUGAGAUACAAUUGGAGAGAAAGGAAGCUGAACAAACUGGCUUAGCGAAGGAUGCUCCUAUAGUUACUCCAUUAAUGGAUUAUGUGCGUCAGAAAAGAGCCGUGAAGAGUGGAGCUCGGAGGUCCAUCUCUAAUGGAAAAUCAAGUAAAAGUGUUGGUGGCACAAGCUCAAGAAGUCCUUGCUCAACUGCAUCUAGACGAGGCUCUGAAAAGAGAAGUUCUACAAACAUGUAUGUUCUACGGGAAAGUUCUAAGGCUGGGAGCAGUAAGGACAAAUCAUAUAUUCUAGUGCCAAAACGUGGUGAUCAGCAGCUCUCUGAUAAGUCUGGUACUUCUGCUCCUGGAUCCGGGAUUGAUGUGGUGGAAGGGGAAAUUGGUAUGCUUAUGUUUCUUACAGGUCGUUCAGUAACUGCUGAUAGUGGGAAGAAGAAAAUCCUGCUCUUGAAGGGGAAGGAAAAAGAAGGUCCUAAUGUUUCUGGUGGUUCAUUAGCUCAACAGAAUGUGUCAUCUGCUCUCAAGAAUUCACCUAGUUUAUCUGUUCUGGAACAGAACCAGCGCCAAGAGGCAAGUGGCAGGAUCAUCAGAAGUAUUCUUCUAAAGGAUGCUCGACAGAAUCAAUCAGCAUCUCAAUCAGAUCAAAUACAGGAUAAAGACAUGAGACCUCCUCGGCCAUCAAGUAUGCAGUUGUUUCAGAAGGAUACAAGUGGAGCUAAUGAGGAUAAGGUUGUUGGAAAUGAAAUGCAUGUUGUCCACAUUGAGAAGCAAGAAAGACGUUCUAGGAGUAGAGAUAGGCCUGAUCGUGGUGUUUGGGCUCCUCUUCGUCGUGCUGAUAGUUCACAAGCGAGGUGUCAAGGAGAAUCGAAAAAUGAUUUACCAAUUGCACGCGGUAGUGAGUUCAGACUAGUUGGAAGUGGGCGUAAUUCUCAUUCUUCUGCUGAUAAUGGUAACUAUAAACAUGGUGGUCGUCGUGGUUUGAGGGAUGUGGAUGGCACUUCUAUUGGGGAAGGAAAACCCGUGAGAAGGGGAGGCACUUCUGCUUACAGUUCUCUUGAGUGAAAUGCUUGGUUGUUUACCAUAUCAAGUAUAGAGAUAGUGGCUGGAACUCUCUUUGCUCAACAGAACAGGUGUAAGCAAGGUUGCUGGUGCAAAGAUGUGGGUUCGAAAAAACUCAAAUGGUACACCAGGGUGUUAUAGGUACUGGUGUUCACCUUUGAACUAAUCUUUGGCCGUAUUGAAUCAAAGAUUGCCUGGAAUAGGAGCGAGGGGGAGGGAAGUCAUAUUAAUGACAUAUCACCAUGAUUUUCAGCUGGUGUUCCUUGUGAUGGCAUCUUUUCCCCAUCAGAGCUGUGGAUAUCCUCAUUCCUGCCUUUGACUCCGCUGCUAAUCGAGAAAAUGUAGUUUCUUAGAUGGGAAAGUAACUUUUGCUUAACUGUAAAUACAAAUGUGUGAUCAUGUUAAGUGCCCACACUACUUAUUCACGUCUAUAAGUCCAUGUUAUUUCUAGGCUUGAUUGGUUGGAGAUCGGAAGCUUGUUUGAGUUAGUGUUGUCUAAGCAGAUCCAAGCACUGAAGCGUUGAGCAAUUGGGUUCCCAUUAUUCGUGUGUUGUUGGGGUGUGCUAGCGUAAGGUGUAUUGGUAAAUGAAAGAGCAUUUAAGUGUUGAUCCCUCAGCUGGCCAAAGCAUAUGUUCAAGUUUAUAUGUUAAGCAAUUUUUUUAUCUGCAGGUCGUUAAAUAUGCUUUUGUUCAAUCCACUGCUUGUUUCUGAUAUUUUGACAAUGUAGUAAAAUUUGACGGACAGAUCAUUACAUAUCGUGUGAUUUGGCCUAUUUAAUUCAAUUGGCAGUUAACAAC